AUGUCCUCCAUCCUGCCCUUCACUCCUCCCAUCGUCAAGCGGCUCCUGGGCUGGAAGAAAGGCGAGCAGAACGGGCAGGAGGAGAAAUGGUGCGAGAAGGCGGUGAAGAGCUUGGUGAAGAAGCUGAAGAAGACGGGGCAGCUGGACGAGCUGGAGAAGGCGAUCACCACGCAGAACAUCAACACCAAGUGCAUCACCAUCCCUAGGUCCCUGGAUGGGCGGCUGCAGGUGUCCCACAGGAAGGGGCUGCCCCACGUCAUCUACUGCCGCCUGUGGCGCUGGCCCGACCUGCACAGCCACCACGAGCUGCGCGCCAUGGAGAUGUGCGAGUUCGCCUUCAACAUGAAGAAGGACGAAGUCUGUGUCAACCCCUACCACUACCAGAGAGUGGAGACCCCAGUGCUGCCUCCGGUGCUGGUGCCUCGGCACACGGAGAUUCCGGCCGAAUUCCCACCCCUGGAUGACUACAGCCACUCCAUCCCAGAGAACACUAACUUCCCUGCAGGUAUCGAGCCCCAGAGCAACUACAUUCCAGAGACCCCUCCUCCAGGCUAUUUGAGUGAGGAUGGAGAAACCAGUGACCACCAGAUGAACCCCAGCAUGGAUGCAGGUUCUCCAAACUUAUCACCAAACCCCAUGUCUCCAGCACACAACAAUCUGGACCUGCAGCCCGUGACCUACUGCGAGCCGGCCUUCUGGUGCUCCAUAUCCUACUACGAGCUCAACCAGAGGGUGGGAGAGACUUUCCACGCCUCGCAGCCCUCCAUGACCGUGGAUGGCUUCACUGACCCCUCCAACUCGGAGCGUUUCUGCCUGGGUUUGCUGUCCAACGUCAACAGGAACGCGGCUGUGGAGCUCACGCGGCGACACAUCGGCCGCGGGGUCAGGCUGUACUACAUCGGCGGGGAGGUGUUCGCCGAGUGCCUCAGCGACAGCGCCAUCUUCGUGCAGUCCCCGAACUGCAACCAGCGCUACGGCUGGCACCCGGCCACGGUCUGCAAGAUCCCGCCAGGCUGUAACCUGAAGAUUUUUAACAACCAGGAGUUCGCUGCCCUGCUGGCGCAGUCGGUGAACCAGGGCUUCGAGGCCGUGUACCAGCUGACCCGCAUGUGCACCAUCCGCAUGAGCUUCGUCAAGGGCUGGGGCGCCGAGUACAGGAGGCAGACUGUGACCAGCACUCCCUGCUGGAUCGAGCUGCACCUCAACGGCCCCUUGCAGUGGCUGGACAAGGUCCUCACACAGAUGGGCUCCCCCAGCAUCCGCUGCUCCAGCGUCUCCUAAGGAAACUCCUCCAGGGGGCCCUCCCAGGGGGGAGCAAAGACUCGGGAAAACCCUUAGCAAAGGCAUAGUAAACAACUCCCCAGUUACUCAAGCGAUGAGAAAAAAAAUCUGCUUCAGAAACAAAAAAAGAAGUGGGUUUUCUUUGUUUUGUUGUUGUUUUUAAAUACCCAUUUAAGCCACUUCCACUGAAACUGUCGGCACUUUGGUCGGGAUGCUCCGGGGCCGCUGCAGUUGGAUUUUGGAGCUGGAGUUGUGAGGAUGAGGAGCUGGAGAAGUUGUUUCAGUGGAGAGCAGGCAGUGCCCGCCUGGCUCUGGGGCUGUGUGAGCACACAGGAGCCGUCCCAGCUCCAAGGAAACUUCCCCUUCCCUCACACAACUCCAGGCUCCUGCAGCAUCCCAGGAACAGCAGAGCUCGUGGAACUCCAGGAUGGGAACACCAGAGCCCCUGGGACUGCGGGAUGGCUCCUGCUCGUGCAUUCCUUCAGCACCCACCUGAUCCACACCAGAGCAGCAGCAGCAGGGGGAAGGAGCAUUUCAGACACCCAGCAGAAUUCCCCCAGGAGGGUUCCAAAGAGGAAGGAAUUUCCACACUGGACUUGCAGCAAGGAGGCCUUUCCUGGUGCCCUCAUGGAUCAGCCUGGAUUCACAUGGAGCAAAAGGCCCAGUUUGAGGCUCCUCCUGGUGUUGCUGUUCCCAGAGGGGCAAUUGUCCCGUGGGGAGCCCUGGCUGGAGCAGCCCAAGCUCUGCUCUCUGCAGCCUGAACUGCAGCAGGGCUGGGCUGUGUUCCCUGCCUCUCCCGAAGCCCCAGGGGUGCCCAGGGGGAGCAGGGAUGGAAUGUCCGGGCCUGGCUGCCAGCGUGGAGCACCCCUGGAGGAGGGAGGAUCCCGUGCUGUCACAUGCAGCAGCCAGGACAUCUCAGACACAACCAGCCCUCUGUGAGAAACUUGUUCCAGCUGAUGAAAAUGCUCUAAGAUGUGUUUUUGCCUGGAGAAAUCGGGAGAGUGUGUAUUUACUUGUAUUAUAAAAUGUUCAUUUUAAACAUACAUGCUCCAGACUGUUUAAUAUUUUUUAUCCCUGCAGCAACUGUCGUGGCAAACAACUUCCACAACUGGAAAAAAAACCCCUUAGCACUUGUUUUUAUGGUUCACAUUUGCCAAAUAAGUCUCAUAACUUUGUCAGUGCUGUCCAAUUAUCUGUUUCUUUAUAUCUGCAGUGAAUAUCUUAUGCAUUUGUGCCAAAAUAUUAGAGGGGGAGGGAAGAAAGUGAUAAUCAGUUUCCUAUGGAAAUCUUUUUUUUUUCCUUGUUUUUGUUAUCUAUGAAAGACAAACAAGCUGGAUGUGGCUGUGGGAAGGACUGACUGGGAUGGACUUGAGGAUGGUUUUGAUAAAGCUUUACUCCUGUAAACUUCAGUGGGAGUGCCCUGAUCCACCGGGGAACUGAUUGGAUCAAAGACCCACCAGGAAUUUCCAGGCACCUCCUUUUCCACCUGCUCGUUCCUCUGAGACCUCUGCCAGCCUCUCGUGGUUUGCCAAACCCCACCAGUCCUGGAGCUGAGGGGACCAGAUGCCAACAGAACAGAUCCCAGAGGCCACUGCUGCUGCUUGAAAUGCAGAUGAAGGGAUGGUUCGGGGAGUUUCCUUCCAGAAACGAGGAUUUCUCUUGUUUAAACAUCUGAAAUGUAAAUUCUUAAAUGACUCUCAGUGGUGGACGUGCUCUGGUGACACAGGACUUGGGAAUAUCCUCUGGCUGAGUCUGGACUGGAGAUGUUCUGUGCAGCACAAGCAGCACUGGAGGCUUUUAGGGUGUUUGAUUUGUUACAUUUUACAAUGUGUCUGAUCUGAGUUACACCUCUGACUGCACAGACUGGGGCAAGAAGAGAUCUGUAUAAAAUUGGAUUUUUUUGGGCCAUUUACAAAGCAGAUCUGUUGUCACCAUGGAUUGGUUCAGCAUUGGUUCAGAUGCAGGUUUCUGUCAUAGCUGCAAAGAAAAAAUUAUCCCGAAUUUUGUAGAAAUAUUUGACUUUUGGUUGUUUAAAUGAGAGAGGAAAAGAUCUGCUCUGUAAAAUGGCCCCAGGUUUCCUCCACGAGUGUCUUAUUUUGGUGACAAAUGUUGUUGUUGUUGUUGUUCUCAUAAUCACAGAGGAAGCUGGACUCCAGUGCCUCCUGCAUUAAGCACAGAAAUGUCCUCUGCAAUUCCAGGGGCAGGGAUUCCAGGUGAUGCUGUGAGCAGGAGCCCAGCCUGAUCCAGAGGCCACGAGUGGGAAUAAAUCCCAGCUUUAAUAUGAAAUCUGCACACAGAGUCACCUCCUCAGCCAACCUGGACUUCCACUGGGAACCAGAGCUGCAGCUCCUUGCUAAAGGAUAAUUAAUUGCUGACCAUUAUUAAUUGAGGCCUUUUGAAACCCAGGAUUCAGAUGAUGCAUAAAAACUUUGGUUAUUCUCCCCUCAUCAUCCCUUAAGUAAAAUGACUUCCAGUGGGAAAUGUGAGCUGGCCCAGCAGUGCAGUGAGCUCGAGGGGAGAUUAUCUCCACUGCAGCAUUAAUUUCCUCUCUCCCCUUUGUUUGCUGCUCCCUGAUUUGUAAAAGCUCUGGGUGUUCUGGAGUGACAGAAGAGUGCUGGGCCCUGGCCCGGGGAGGGGAUGAGGCUGGGCUGGGGUGAGCCCAGGAGUUGUGUCCACGCUGCCCUGAAUGGUCACAGCUGCAGGGGCUGCAGACGGAAGCGAAUUCCCGUUCCUGUGGCCUCCAAGGACAGGGAGCAGGGGUUGGGCUGGGAUUUCUGGAGGCAGCAGGGCCCUGAGGGCACGGGAGGCUUUGUUUGAUUUCUCCUAGAACCUGAUUAAAGCAGCUUUGGUGUGGAGCUCAAAGGGAUGGGAACAGAUUGCAGCUCCAGGCUGGAAUAUCCUCUCAUUUCAUGGCAGGCUGGGCUCGUUUCACAGGAUUUCACCCAUUUUUGCUCCUCGAGAGUCAGCAGCAGGACCUUUGACUCUUUGGUGUGGCUGCACCCAGUUUUUUCCAGGCUGUGGUGAUCUGUUUAUUGUUCAUGUAUUGAAUUGCAGGUUGUAUUUUGUGUUAAGCUUGUCUUAGGAGUAAUCCAGUGCUGUCCAUUUGAAUUAAUCUCCAGCAAUCAGUGUGCAUAUGCACAAGGAUGGAGAAAUCCCUUCAUAAGGCGUUUCCCAGGAGCUCUGGCUGCCCCUGUGUGCCAGGACAAGGCUGAGGGAGCCCCUGAGUUACUCACAGCUUCCUCCCCAUUGGAUCAGCGUAGUUGAACCCUGCAGGGUGAAGGAUGUUCUGGACUCAGCUCAGGCAGCAAGUGGUGACACCUGUGCCUUGAGCUGCUUCCUGACUGGAAAAGCAGGAAGAAGCCAGCCCAGUGAAGGAUUUCAGUCACAUCCCACAGCAUCCAGGAGCUCUCCUGGGUCUCUGAGGUACUGGCGAGGCAGGAGGAUGGAAUUUCAUGGCUGUGCUGAGCUGGGAUGAGAACCAGGCCCUCUCUAGUGGUGGCCUGACCAGUGUGGUUGAGAAGCUCAAUGUUUUUUACUGUGUAUCUGCUUUUGUAUUUAUGUGUCUUUCUCAAAUAUUCAGAUGAAUCCAAUAUUUAAUUUUUAGCAGAAGGGGCAAUUAAGGACUCAGAGUAUUAAAUACUCCAUCUGCUCCUUGCUGACGAUUGCUGGAAAUGAGGAGUUGAUGAUGUGAGAAGAGAGCUGAGCACAAAGUGCCCCGAGCCCUCGGGAGCCGCGGUGCUGCCUCUGCACCGAGUCAGGGCCCCAGACAGGCCCUUUGUGCUCCUGGGGCUUUGAUGAGGCUUUAAAAACCAAACCCUGUUCCUCCUCAGCUGCUUGGCUCAUCUUGUGCCCCUUCUGGAGCUGCUUGGCUCAUCUUGUCCCGCUCCAGAGCUGCUUGGUUCCCCCUGUGCCCCCUGCAGGUUCCUCUCCUGCUGGCUGCAGCCCCGGGGUGUCUGUGCAGCCCUGGCCCUGCAGGGAUCCCCAGGAGCUGUGCGAGUUGGGAGUUGUGAGUUCCUCCCGCUGUGCCCCUCCUGCUUUCCCUGCAGCGUUCCUGCCUUCGUUACUCCAACUGUCCCAUGUACGCCCUCCCCUUUCCAUGUGGAACUGUAAGGUCUGAUUUUGACAUUUUAAUAAACUUUGAUUUGAAAACUGA